UGCCAAUGGCGAAGGCUUGUGUCAUGAAUAAUACUCCAGCAGCCAUCGCCGUAGUAGGAUUCGUAGACUCUAGUCUGGACGCGGCUCGUCGCCUCACAGUCCGUGUUCGCCGUGCAACCUGCAACACAGAGUGACGCCAAGUCUGUUCAACUUUACCGGCAAACACCGGCUGUUCAGCUCUCCAACCCCAGUGACAGGAAGUGCCACUAAUGCUAGGAACCGUCUCCUUGUGUGCUUUCAAAUAGGGUGGUUUUUCUUCAGGCUGAAGGGCAAAAGGAGACACUUUUUUUUUUUUUUCUUUCUCCUCCUUUGGCUCAGUGAGAGAGCUGACAGCCUGGUUCUGUCAGGCGAUGAACUGUCAGGUAUGAAGACCCCCUUGAGUCCCACCCAGCUGAUAGAAAAUGGACAACUGUGCUUCGCCAUCCAAGGCUGCAUGGAGGUAAAGGAUCCCAGCAACUCCAACAUGCAACUCCAGCAGGAGAAGAAGAAGCUGCUCUACUCGCUCUGUGAAGUCUGCAACAUCCAGCUGCACUCGGCUGCGCAGGCUCAGGUCCACUACAAUGGAAAGUCUCACCUCAAGAGGGUCAAACAGUUGAAUAAUGGAGAGCUGCCCACGGCGAGCGCCAGCUCGACUUCUACUCCUCUGCAUUCUCUCAGCAGCGGCAGUCAAGGAAGUUCCUGUCAUAGCAACACACUCCCCGCAUUGGUUCGGACUCCUUCUCUAAUGAUGCAGUCCGGUCUGGACAUGAAGCCUUUCAUGACCUUCCCAGUGGAGAGCUCCUCUCCAGUCGGCCUGUUCCCCAAUUUCAAUACGAUGGACCCCGUCCAGAAAGCAGUAAUCAACCACACAUUUGGAGUCUCCAUUCCUCCCAAGAAAAAGCAAGUUAUUUCUUGCAACAUCUGUCAGCUCCGCUUUAAUUCAGAUAAGGAUAGAUGUUUGGAGCGACAUGAGGGUGAGCAAAUGAUGACAGAAUUUUUUUCUGGUGGAACUUUCCCUUUAAUGUUCGCGAAACAUAAACAGAGCCAAGCCGAGGCGCACUACAAAGGCAGUAAACAUGCCAAGAAGCUCAAAGCACAGGAGUCCACGAAAAAUAAGCAGAAAAGUGCAGCCGCCCAGGACAGCGGCGCUAAGACAAUCACCACCACCACCACCACUUCCUCCUGCACUGCAGUCACUGCCAGCUGCUCUGACCAACCAGAGAAAAGCACAGAGCCGCUGGCUGCGCACAAAGUCCCUGCCUCCCCGCAAGCCUUUUUGCCUGUUUGUGCUCCCGCUGCGCCUGCAGUGGCAUUAGCGCCCAGCCCUUGCAAGACAGCACCCGCACAUGCCAGCCCACCCACUGAGCCGACAGGACUCGCAGCGGCCCUAAAAAACACCUCCAAACCAGCAGCGCUGCCAACGGCCCCGUCAGAGCCCAGCGUGGAGUCCGAGGAGGAGAAAGCCAAGAAGCUCCUGUACUGUUCGCUGUGCAAAGUGGCUGUCAACUCCCUCUCACAGCUGGAGGCGCACAACACAGGUUCAAAGCACAAAACCAUGCUGGAGGCACGAAAUGGAGCGGGUCCCAUUAAAGCGUACCCCAGACCCGGGUCCAAACUCAAAGUUCAGGCCACACAACUGAACAAAGGCUCAGGCUUACAGAACAAGACGUUUCAUUGUGAAAUCUGUGAUGUCCACGUCAACUCAGAAAUCCAGCUCAAGCAGCAUAUCUCCAGUAGGCGGCACAAGGACAGAGUGGCAGGCAAACCCACCAAACCCAAAUACAGCCCUUACAACAAGCAGCAGCGGAGCUCCGGCUCUCUGGCAGCCAAACUCGCCCUGCAGAACGACUUGGUGAAGCCCAUUUCACCGGCUUUCCUCUCCACGACCUUCUGCCCCACCACAGUCCCGUCCAUCUCCCUCCACCCUCGCCCCAACACCUCCAUCUUCCAGACAGCCUCGCUUCCGCACUCAUUUCUCCGUGCCGCUCCGGGACCGAUCCGACCCACCACAGGCUCCAUCUUGUUUGCGCCUUACUGAGGGAGCAGCCACAUCGGAGCGGACGUUUCUCCAACUAUGCCACGCUACGGCUGUAUGCUUAAAACAGUGGUGUAUUUAUUAAAACUUUAUCCUCAACUGUCCUCACAGUCACAAAACCCAGGAAGGAUGUCGUCUUUGUGAGGGCUUUUGCAUUUGAAACACUAAAAAUAAACGAGAAAAAGUGUUGAAUUGCUUCCUGAAAGACUUGAAUUAUCAUGGUCUUCCUUUUCAACUCAAUCAACCAACCAACUCCAGACAAGCACAUGUCUUGAGGCGCUGUCAGAAACCAUCCCAAAUCUUCCCAUGUUCAGUCAACGGCUUGAUGUUGUCAGGGAGCCUGUGAUGCAGUUUUUGGCCUGUGUGCUGUCUUGUAUCGUGUAGUCAAUAAGCUCAAUCACCAGUACUUCAGUGGCGCCCACUCUUUCCCUUUUAACAGGAAACAUAGCAUUUCUCUUCUCCACAUGUGUUCGGGUUCCUCUUUUCAGCAUAGAAGCAGAUUCAACUUGUUUUCAUCACAAAACA